GGGAUGUCCGGCAGCACGCGUCGGAGUACUUCAAGAUGGGCGGCCGGUCGAGAACAACGUCCUCGUGCUCGGACUUCUCCGAGUACUUCCACGAGAUCAAUGAGCGCCAGGUGGACGACAUAUCGAUGGAGUUGUUCUACAAGCCGCACACCAUCACGCUACUGCUGCUCUCCAUCGGGUCCAUACUCUACGUGGCAUUCACCAGAGACGACAGCAUCAGCCACCAGAACAACAUCUGGACGGGCAUGUGCUGCGUCAUAUUCUUCUUCCUCAUCGUCUCGGUGCUGACGUUUCCCAACGGGCCUUUCACGCGGCCGCAUCCGGCGCUUUGGCGCAUCGUCUUCGGCUGCAGCGUCCUCUACCUGAUGUUCAUGCUGUUCAUCCUGUUCCAGAACUACGAAACGGUUCGGAGCAUUCUCAUAUUCUUCUAUCCAGACUUGGAGAAUUUCACCAUCGACAUGGACGAGAGCAACUGGGGCCAAAACUGCAAUCCGCUGACGUUCGACAAGAUCUGGAGCAGCCUGGACAUCUUCGCGUUCGCGCACCUGUUCGGCUGGAUGAUGAAGGCGGUGCUGAUCCGCCACUACGGCCUGCUCUGGACCAUCUCCGUCAUGUGGGAGAUCACGGAGCUGCUGUUUGCCCAUCUCCUGCCGAACUUCAUUGAGUGCUGGUGGGACGCCAUCAUCCUGGACAUCCUCAUCUGCAACGGCAUCGGCAUCUUCAUCGGGAUGCAGGUGUGCCGCUGGCUGGAGAUGCGCGAGUACAACUGGGAGAGCAUCAAGGACAUCUCGUCGGCCGGUGGCAAGGUGAAGCGGGCGCUGAUGCAGUUCACGCCCGAGUCGUGGACCCACCUGCGCUGGAUGGACGCCGACAGCCCGCCGAAGCGCGUGCUGGCCGUCUCGUUGCUGGUCAUAUUCUGGCAGCUGACCGAGCUCAACACGUUCUUCCUGAAGCACGUGUUCCAGAUGCCGCCGCACAACCCCUUCAACUUCAUCCGCAUCAUCUGCUUGGGCCCCAUCGUGGCGCCGACCAUCAGGCAGUACUAUUCGUACGUGACGGACUACCGCUGCAAGCGCAUCGGCACGCAGUGCUGGGUGUACAUCUGCAUCACGCUGGCCGAGGCUUUCAUCUGCUUCAAGUUCGGCCGCGAGCUGUUCAAGCAGACGGUGGUGAAGAACGUGCUCAUCUGGCUGGUGCUGCAGAUGGCCAUCACCUUCCUCUGCGUCUACCUGUGCAUGGUGUGGAACCGGCGCUCAGCUGAGCUGAAGGACGCCGGUAACGACUCGGGCCUGGACCUGAACUCGAGCGUGCUGGACACGCCGCGGCCGGCCGACCGGGACAGUCCGGCCACCGAGCGCAACUCCGAGCGGCUGGCCGAGCUGCGCCGCCGCACCGGAGCGCUGUCGGAUGUCAGCCGUCGCAGUCCUGACGGCGGCGGUGCGCGCCGCUCGGUCCGGCUGGGGGGAACCAUCGACGAGCACGGACUGUAGACGGGCCGACGCGGCCGGAGCCGGCGAGGCGGCCCCGCCGCCGCCGCCCCCGCCGUCGCCGCCCGCUGUGUGCUCGCCUCACCAACCACCGCCGUGUUCACUUCUGGUGCGGCCGGGCCCUGCUGGAGGCGACUGAGGCCGACUCGAGCGACGCGACCGACCAGGACGGCACCGUGGCGCAUGUGGGACGUGGCCCGGACCGGGCGGCGCCGGAGCCACCCGCCCGGGUCCAGAGGAGCGUCUAGUCAGCGUGCCGCCGAGGUGCGUGUCCUCUGGGGGUGGUUCCGCCGGCCGGCGUCAGGCUCGCUCCCGCUCCAGCGGGCGGCGGCCGUGGUGCCGCGCCGCGGCUCUGACAGCCGCCGCAGCGGUGCUCAGCCAUCGUGCGCCAGCGCUUGCCAAUCAUGUGGCCGCGCGCCAUAGAAGAUGGUGUUUGCCGCGCAUUCUCGCCAGCUGAUCACCGCGAAGCGCUCUGCCAUUGGUGCACCGUCUCGGGCAUUCGAGCGCAGCGUGUAGUUUGCAGAUUAGCGGGCUGAAUCAUCGCCCCAUGAAAGCUGGCUUCGGGGCAGCACAGUGCUUGGGAGGGCGCCAAAUAGUGCGCGACACAGCCUGUCAACACUUGCCAGAGCUAUUCCCGCCGCGUCGCGGCGUACCGUGCGUUGUCGACCGCUGCUGUCAAUUCAGGGAGAGGUCGACAGAGGCAGUUGCGUUGGCGGUGCAGGCCACACAAAUCACCCUCGGCGACCGACACCGACGAGCAGCGUCCGUCUACAGGGCAGUGGGGACGAAUGAAGAGGUCGGAUCGAUCUCGUGUGGUCCGACUAGUGGGGUCGUGUCGCAUUGUGGCGGCCAUUGUGGCCCGUCUCGUGCCGGCUGAUCAGCCCCGCGCCUCUUGCAACCAGUGCUCUCCUCCAGUGCCUGUCUUGAUGUUGACCAAGUCGUCUCGCUCGUUUGUUGCUGUUUUCCUGCAGGUCGCUUUCCUGGGCUGGAUCCAAAGACAGUGUACACGCAUCCGUAUUGGUCAUCAUGCAUGGCCCUUCCGCCUACGCUGGGCUCGAUGCACGGCGUAGCCAUUGACUUUAAUGUGAUCCGUAUCAUCAACCACCUUCCUGAUGGAUGAUAGCACCACGUGGACGUCCGUUCUCGUCGGUACCCCGUAUCCAGAGAAGUCCUUAGUGAACUCCCGCACCUUCGGAGGCCCUGCCAUUCUGUUGCCGACCGUGCCGAUCGCAGCGCCCUCACCUGGGCGCAGACCGCCACCGACGGUCGCUGAGCCGCGCUGCACGCGCCUGCCCAGCUCUGAGGGGCCUCGAAUCUCGCACCAGCUCCCCGGCGACUCGCUGCCGUCCCGCUCGCAUGGCACCGGGCUGCCAGCCGCGCACGAGUGUAAUCAACUGGCCCCUUGUGAUCCGUUUUCUAGCCCCCAUUGUGCGUGUUUCAGCGUUUUGUAUCCGCAGUCGCACGCGCGUGUUUCAGUGUGCUGUACCCGGAGCUAUGCGUGCGUGUUUCAGUGUUCUGUAUCCGCAGCCGCGUGUGCGUAUUUCAGUGUUCAGUGCGCUGUUCCCGAAGCCGCGCAUGCGUGUUUCAGUGUUCAGUGCACUGUGUGCAGAGCCGCGCGUGCGUGUUUCAGUGUUCAGUGUACCGUGUGCAGAGCCGCGCGUGCGUGUUUCAGUGUUCAGUGCGCUGUUCCCGAAGCCGCGCGUGCGUGUUUCAGCGUUCCAUUCACAGCUUGGGAAGUGCCGCUCUGCCGGCCAGGUUGGCAGGAUUACCGCUUAGUCACAAACGGGCUCGCGGGGUUAUCGAGUGCCUCGAGUCUCUAUGCAUUGGAGUUUGGUGGGAUGCAUUGCUGUGAGACCCCGCCCGCCGGUAUGGCGCGUGUUAUCCACUGGCGCCACCGGCCGGGAGGGGACUGGCCUUGGCCGGGCGCACAGCGUAGUGGCAUGAAUGUACAGUACAUGUACGUUGGCGGCCGUGAGCACACGGCGCCGCCAAGUCGGGUCUUGUAUACUCACUGGCUUGUGUGACCCAACAUUUGUUAGUGUGCAUGCAUGCAAUGAAGCCCAAUACAGGCACCGGGCUGUGACGCCUGGCUUUGAUCAUCA